CCACAUCGUCGACACAGUCGCGCACGUGAAGUCGGUGUGGAGAGAGCUAUGUCUAAAUCAAAACAAAAACGAGCGAAGCGCCUUGGUUUUCUUGGAAAGUGUAAGAAUAAAGACGGGAGAAAAGCUGAGGCUUCGGGGCAGACAACCAAUAAAGAACAUCAAUCUGCUCAGCAAGUCAAGGACAAAAAGCCAGAAGAAACCAGGAAGCAAAGGCUUCAAGCGUUCCAAGAAAGGCAGAAACUCUCCAGAGAACAACAGCUGUUGAAGAGGAGGAAUUUACAGAGCUUUCAAAAUGACGUUCUUCAGAGGCAGAGAGAGUUUGAGCAGAGGGAAACAGAGAUGCAGAGUUUGGGAAAGCAUGUGAACUUUGAAAAUGAGAAUUCAAGAAAAGCUUAUUAUAGAGAAUUUAAAAAGGUAGUGGAGGCUGCAGAUGUCAUCUUAGAAGUUUUGGAUGCACGUGACCCUCUGGGGUGCAGAUGUCCUCAGGUUGAGCAGGCAGUCAUUCAAAGCGGAACAAACAAAAAGAUUGUGUUGGUGCUCAAUAAAAUUGAUUUGGUGUCAAAGGAAAUCGUGGAGAAGUGGAUCAAGUAUCUGCGGAAUGAGUUUCCCACCGUGGCUUUCAAAGCAUCAACUCAGCAACAGUCCAAAAAUUUGAAACGCAGUAACGUAUCGGUGACUCAAGCCACCACAGAGCUUCUCAGCAGCAGUGCUUGCGUUGGCGCAGAUUGCUUGAUGAAGUUACUGGGCAAUUACUGCCGCAACCUGGACAUAAAGACGGCCAUCACUGUUGGCGUUGUAGGUUUUCCUAACGUGGGAAAGAGCAGUUUGAUCAACAGUCUCAAACGUGCAAGAGCGUGUAAUGUUGGUGCUACUCCUGGUAUCACCAAGUGCCUUCAAGAGGUGCAUUUGGACAAACACAUUAAGCUUCUUGAUUGUCCCGGAAUUGUCAUGGCAACGUCAACAACCGACGCGGCUAUGAUUCUGCGUAAUUGUGUGAAAAUCGAGCAGCUUGUCGAUCCGCUCCCUCCGGUUGAAGCCAUCCUGCGACGCUGCAACAAGGCACAGAUCAUUGAACACUAUGGAGUCCCCGACUUUAAUACAGCUCUGGAGUUCCUGGCAUUGCUGGCACGACGUCAGGGCAAACUGAGAAAGGGAGGGCUGCCCGACACUGACAAAGCGGCUAAGAGUGUAUUGAUGGACUGGACGGGGGGAAAGAUCAGUUACUUCACACACCCCCCUGAGACGCACACGCUUCCCACACACGUCAGCGCCGAGAUUGUGACAGAGAUGGGUCAAGCUUUUGACUGGGAUGAGCUUGAAAAAGGAAAUCGGGAGGUUCUCGCAGGGUCAUCUUGUGCUGAUAUUCAAAUGGCAUUUUGCAUCGAAACCACUGGAAUGACGAACGGUGACCAGACUCAAGAUCCCUCUUACCAGGAAACAGAAGGUGAGAGAGCACAGGAGCCAGAAUUGAGGGACGAAGCUGAAUCAAUGGAGGAUGAUCAGGAUCCUGAGUUUGGACCAAUGACUGUGGCAAUCAAAUCUCAGAAGUCAAAGAGUGAUUUGCCUGAACGUGAUCCUGCAUCCAAGGCUCCAGAUUUGAAGGAUAUUGUGAAUGUAGACCCGUUACAGCAAGGCCAGGCCCUCGUGGCUGCCAACAAGAAGAGGAAGAAGCAACAAAAAAGAGCUGACAAACUUGCUACCAAACUCUCAGACACCUUGACAUCUGCAAUGGAUUUGUCAUUUUGUGACAGUUGAUUUAAAAAAAAAAUAGUGAAAAGAUUGUCUAUACUUUCUUGCAACAAAAUGAUAAACAAUGUGUGUUUUUUUGGUUUGCUCAGUGGCAUUAUUUAUAAUGGAACAGAAAGAUUCCGCAUAUAUCGUAACGGCUAGCAUUAGUCAACAACUUCCGGGUUAAAGUCGUAGGAUGACCUCAGCGCGUUGGCCCGAGGUAAACAAGGCUGAUCAGGGCGGCCGUGGCUAUCGGCUGCUGCUAUUAAUGAAAGCAUUAAAAAUGGCCAGAGAAGCUGUAAACUAUCUGGAUUCAUGGCUCUGAUCCCGUCGGAUACUGUCUUUGAUACAGUACGUUUAACGUCCUAUCUCUACCCGUAUUAUUUUAAUCACGUUAGCUGCAUUUAGCUUCUUUGGCAAUUAUUAAUUUGGCUAGUUAGCUAGCUAAGCCACAACUUCCCCUUUUUUCUACUGACGUUGUGCUUUUUACUGCCAUACACUGAUUGUCUCUUACUUUUCCAGCUGGUGUACGGGGGGGAGAAACGUACCCGCUAGUUAUUGGAACCUCGUCGUGUACGAUGUCUAUCUUGAGCGUUAAGUUGGAAUGUGGCGGGCCUCUCAACACUGAGCUGUCAAUUUUGUGACGUUGUAUUUGAAUUUGUUCAAAUACGUGCGGACGGGCGCAGCGCUAGUUAAAUGAGCCACGAACAAAGUGCAUAAACAACAACAUAAACUAUGAAAUAGUAUUAUGGAGUGUUGCGCGAGCGGCUCUUUGGACAGCCAAUGACCACCCCACGAGUGAGUGAAUCGUUUUAAAUAGUCGACUCAUAAUUCUGACAAAUCGUUAACUCUGUAAAAUAAGUGGAAGCUUGCUGAUAGAGGCUAUUGGCAAGACAACCAUUAGUUCAUGAUCAUUUUUCAAGGGAAAUACGUACAAAAAAAUCCUUGAGUAAUUAUUGGCAUUUAAUAAAUUACGUAGACAUGUCUUGCACGUAUAGAAUGUAUAUGUACUCCUCAUUAAAGGGAAAUCCGCAUUAUUUUUCUCCGUAUUUGUUACUUGCUAGCAACAGUUGCCCUGAUGCGAUCAAUCUUAUUGAUGUCUUCUAUCAAUGGGAUGUUUUGGGGUGUUUUAUGAACUCUAGACGAGCCUGCUGCAUGCUGAUUAAUGGUCCUUUGUUGUGCAGGUUAAAAAAAUAGUUAUUGUGCCGCAUAAAGACCUAGGUAGUGGCAAAACGACUCACUUGAUGUCCAUUUUUCAUGACUUGGUGGUGACUGCCGUGGAUCUCUGACUAGUACCUACUCAGUACCGAGUUAGUACCGACUUAAUUUUUGUAAUGUUUUUUUCUUAUCGUAAGAGUAUGAAUUUAUUCGCAGAAUGUUAUAACUUAUUCCCCUAACCAACCGUUGUUAUUUAGGUUUGUUUGUUUCUCAUCAUAUUAUGACUUUAAAAAGAAAAUAAUAUUUCAACUCAAUGCUACUAAAAUCAUGUUAUUUUCCUCAUGAUGUUUAGAGUUUAUUCUCGUAAAAACUUCAAACUUUUUUUUCUGUUAAUAUUUUGACUUUAUUUAAAAUUUCCCAUUUUGCUGUUUUUUAUUUUUUGACUAAUCAAGUUUCUUCUCUUAGAUUUACUUCUCAUAAUUAGGAUUUUCUUCACAUAUUUUGACUUUAUUUUCAUCAGCAUAAUUUCCACAAAUUACAACUUUAUUCGCUGUUUUGUUUGUUUUCGUAAUAUUAUGACUUAAAGUAUUGUUUUCUUGAGAAUUUCAAAAUUGUCACCAAAAUGACAUUGUUUUUCCUCAUAAUACACAGUAUAUGUUUGUCUUUUGUAUUUCAACUUCGUGCAAAUAAAAUGUCAUUAAUUUUCCUCA